AUGAACAAGCUGACCCCCAAGGACUCGCUAAAAGCGAGAAAGACGACAACAACCUUGCAAGAUUUAGCGAAUUAUCUCGCCAAACGUCAGAUAGAGAUACCUUUGAAGGUGGUGGGAUUCAUUCUAGCUGGCUACUUUCUUCGACUGCCAGUGUUUGAGCACUUUAUAUUCAUCAGCAAUCAGAGAGAGGAUGGUCGAUUUGAAAAGAGCCCUUGGGAUGUACCGUUUCUCUUCUUUUACAUUUGUGUCUUUACUGCACUGAGAGCAGCUACCAUGGAUUAUGUGCUAUUUCCACUUGCAAAGCUUGUCAAUGUUCCAAAGAAGAAGUACCAACGCUUUGCUGAGCAGUCUUAUUCUGUUUUCUAUUACGGCAUUGCAUUUGGCUUUGGUGUGUAUGUCAUGUACGAUUCUCCCUGGUGGUUCGAUACAACCUACUUUUGGCGCGAUUAUCCCGUUACGGAUUACACAAAAUCAUUUAAAUAUUAUUACUUGGUGCAAUUCGCUUAUUGGCUUCAGCAAAUCUUUGUCUUGCAAAUCGAAGCACCUAGAAAAGACUACAAAGAGCUGGUUAUGCAUCACAUCAACACAUUGCUCUUGAUCAGUCUCAGUUAUUGCUGCAACUUUACUCGUGUGGGUAAUGCCGUAUUUGUGUGUAUGGAUCUUCCGGACACCAUUCUAGCAUUGGCAAAAGCAUUGAAUUACUGUUUGCCCGGGAUUGUGUGUAAUACGACCUUUGGCAUCAUGGUGGUCUCUUGGCUGUACACCAGAGUCUACUUGUUUGGCUGCAUCAUUUGGUCUACUCUGACCGAGCCCGAUCUCUAUGUGCCUCAGUUUGUAUUGCAUCCUCCCAGCGGAAACUGGUUUCCUUACUUUGUAAAGUACAUUAUUGCCGGCCUUAUGAUUGGUUUGUACUUUUUGAUCCUGUUCUGGACAUUGAUGAUUUUCAAGGUCAUUUACAGAAUAUUGACCGAGCCAGAAGCAAAGGAUGUGCGUUCAGACGAUGAAGAUGAGGUCGAAUACAACACCUCUAUGGAAAAGAUUGAAGGUGAUCAUUCUACUCCCAAACUCACAGCAAAAGACAUCAAAGCCAAAACUCAAUAA